GCUGGCAGUACUACCGCUCACUCCUGCCUGACGUCAGCAUCACCAUGUGCCCAUCCUGCUUCCAGAUGUUCCACAGUGAGGACUAUGAGCUGUUGGUUCUUCAGCACAGCUGCUGCCCGUUCUGCCGCAGACCCAUCGACGAGUCCUGCUAACACACACUCAUGUUUACCGCGGUGUGAUCAUCAGUCCUGCUAACACACACUCAUGUUUACCGCGGUGUGAUCCACCCUGAGCCGCUGUAAAGCCGUCAGUAAAUGCCAGCUCAGCACAGCUCUGAUAGGAUUACACAGAUCAACACAAAGCAGAUUGCAGCGAUGCUGCACACACACACACACACACACACACACACACACACACACACACAGAUUAUCAGACU